AUGUACUCUCAAAUUUUGGCGACAACUCUACUAAUUUCCUUCAUUGUGAUAGCUAAUCAAUGUGCUGCCACGGGUGGCACCACCACUCCAACUACCACCACCACCGCCACAGUGACAACAACCGCAGCACCUACCACGACAGUAGCCACGGCCUGCGCAACAUGUACUGUAGAUCAAAUCAUUAUUACCACUGGAAACGAUGGAGACUCACCUCCACUUACUGACGAAGGUGUUGAUGCUAACGGAUGCGCUACCAUCACUUAUACCUGUGAACGGACGCCGCAGGUGGCCACGGAUGUUGUCUUGAUUACUUACUACUCUGACAACGAGAAUCCAAGAGAUGUGGGAACUGAAAAUGGAGUUGGAACGGCGAAUGUGGUGAUGAAUUGUGUGGAUGGUAACUGGGUGAAAGAUGGUAUUGUCAUCAAUGAGGUUGAGUGCCAAAUCAUUACCUAG